AAUGUAGUGAAGUAGAUUCUGGGGUUAGGAUGUUACAUGAUGUCCCUAAACGCACCACUGACAUCCACGCCUUUCAGCCGACAAUUACCUGGCUAUAAGAAACAGCUGCGCUUCACUACUGAGAGAAGGCAUUUGGCAGUUGUGGCAAUCCAUGGUGGCUGCGAGCAUUAGGCAGUCAAACACUGCAUAUCUCUUAAGGAAAAGCUACUUAGAAUUGCCCUUUAGAGAGUGUGGAGGUGCGGCCGCUUGUUUAGAGGCUAGGCACGUGAGGUGGAAUCCCCUCCCCGAUGCAUGCGAGUGUACACACCGGGCAUAGGCAGAUUGCACCAUUUAGAGUUUAGUGUGAGUGAGGUUUGCUGUGAAAUCACACGGGUGAGUAAUUGGUGGCACCCUUGGGCACUCCUCCCUGUAGGUUGCCUCCUCAAGUGGCCGGUCUCCACCAUUUUGUUUAGUUGCUUCUUUUUUAAUAUAUUGUGCUUGUUUUAGGGUAGCAUUGUGGCAGGGAGUAUGUCAUUUUAAUCAUCGUUUGGUAAUAAAGGGUUUUAAUUUAUUUUACUCUCUUACCCCUGCUACCCUAGGUGCCUUUUUAAUCUUAUAGUUAUGUUUUAGUAGUUUCUCUUAAUAAACUUUGGAAUUAUAAACUUUGUCUCACCUCUGCCUUUAAAUAACGAGUCUGUGGGCUUUGGUAGCCAAUGCAAUCUUCUCAUUGGCUAGAGAAAUCUUUCCUGGGGCUGUAGCGCCCUCCCCCAGGUGGCGUUGUCACUACUUUAGUAACCAUCUCUGGUUAUCUCUCAUUUUCGCGACACCACAAUCUGGCAUUGUCGACAGGAUAUUUUCAGGCAGAGAUCUGUUGCAUGUUGUUUUGUUUUGUUUUUGGGGGGUUAAAUCUGUUUGGUUUGUUUGGUUAUUGUAGAGCAGCGGCAAGACAGCAGCAGUGGCAGCGUCGGGACGGACUUCUGGUUUUUUAUAAAGUGAUAUUUAAAUACUCUGGUUCAUUAUGGAGGAAGAGCUCACACAGCUACGAGACUUGGUAGCUCAGCUGCAAGCAGAAAAUCGGCGGAUGCGGCAAGAGCGAGGAUCGGAGCAACCUGGCACCAGUGCUGCUGCUACAGGUUCAUCCACCAAUGGGCAUUCUGCUGUCUCAGCUCCCGCGACUGAGAGACUGAUUUAUAUUCCUCGGGAGAGGAAGUGCCCAUGGUUCAACGGUAAGACUGGUAUAGGUAUUGCCGAAUGGGUGGAAGAGGUGCAGGCCUGUUUGAGGGUACGACAUCUUUCACCAGCCGACCAAGCCCUUUUCAUCUAUGAUCAUCUAGAAGGCGAGCCCAGAGAAGAAAUUAAAUAUCGGCUUCCAGAGGAGAAAGACGAUCCCGAAAAGAUUUUGACUAUUUUACAGGAACUGUAUGGAUGUACUAAGUCAUAUGUUUCUCUGCAGGAAGAGUUCUUUUCAAGACGACAGCAGGAAGGAGAAACAUUGCAAGAGUUUUCGCAUGCUCUUAUGUGCCUCAUGGACAGAGUUGCGAAACAGUCCCCUCAUGUUCUGCUGAACAAAGAUGUGUUGCUUAGAGACCAAUUUGUUGAAAAUGUGCUUGAUUGUUUCUUACGCAGAGAAUUAAAACAGUAUGUCCGCAGCCACCCUACUGCCACCUUGAUGGAUGUUCGUCAUGAGGCUAUAUUAUGGGAGCGUGGAGGUAUGCCAGGGGGCGGGAGGGAUAGAAGUUACUCGGUUCCCCCGGCGCUAGGCUUUCAACACACUGUCCAGGAGGUCCCUUUUAGAGGUAGUCCCGCAGGUAUUGCACCCUAUGCCUCUGAAAUACGGGAGUUAAAAGAGAUUCUUAAAAGUCAGCAAGAGCAGUUGAAUCAGCUCGCAAAGAGUCUUGCUGCUUUGAAUAGUGCUUCCACACCAUAUCCUGCCUCACGUAAUAAGGCUGUCAUUUGUAGACGGUGCCAAAAGGUUGGGCAUUUUGCCAGAGAGUGCCCUGGUGAGCCCACAGUCAUGCCUGUGCAGUCAGCUGGUACAGCAACGCAAGCCAGUUUGAGUAAUGUCGUUUGUUCUUCCAUGCAGGAAAACUUCCACCCCCUGAACCAUUGAGCCGAGAUUCAGGUGGGGGCAUCCUAGGCUCAGAGUUUGUACUACCUGACCCGUUGCCGCAGGUUACUGGUAGGAAACCAGUAACCCCCGCUGUCAAAACCAUCACUUCACCCCUCUCUGGGUACGCAUUGUCUGACCUUCGUAUGUUGCAGGAGACUGACCCCGUGAUCCGGGAGUUUCUGCCCUUUUGGAGGCGGAGGCAGGG